AUGGAUUUAUUGAAAACACAUGUUUUUAAGGUUGAUGUACACAAGUAUUGUUUCUUAGUGGCUUUAGGUGGUUGUUUUGUUUUGCAAAUUGUCAUAAUUGAGUAUGCAAAAAGCCUAGCAGAUUGCAUUCAUCUGAAUGCUACUGGAUGGGCUAUCUGUGUUCUAGUUAGUUCUGUUUCAUGGGUACCUAAAUGGACUUUGAAGAUUCUUUCAGUUUUUUUCAACACCAACUAUACUUCACCUUUGGACUCUCCACAGUCUACCCCACAACCUCUGUUCUAUCUUUAUUGGGGACUUCCAGUUAUGAUGCUUCUUUUAUUCCCUCUAGGACUAGUGAAAUUUCAUUGA